AUGAAUGACCAUGAGGAGGGCACCUUGCUCCAAGAACACAAGCAACAGAUACGCAGCCUUAAGCAGUUCACAGACUCUCCCGGCCCACUGUUUGACAACUGGACAGCAUAUUUUAGAGCCACUUCUGUGCCUCAUGACUUAACACGAAACCUUAUCAAUGGCUUCAUUGUCAUUAUUUGUAUUUUAGGCCUGCUGGGAAAUGGAAGGACAUUUAAUCUCCUGGCCUAUUCCAUUAGGAGGAAUUCUUGCACCACUUUCAUCCUGAACCUCUCCGUUGCUGACUGUGGGGUCCUCGCAUCCUUUAUUAUUGUGGCUAUAUUUGUGGCUGCUUUAACCCAGCACAAAGAAUCUGACUUUCUAACUUUCUUCUUAUUUCUUGAGCUCUUUUUCUUCACUUAUUCUGCCAGCCAGUUUCUGCUGACGGCCAUCAUCCUGGACAGGUGUGUGGCUGUUCACUUCCCACUCUGGCAUCGCUGCCAUCGUCCUCCAUAUUUAUCCACUCUCGUUUGUGGCCUCAUCUGGAUCCUCUCCUUCCUGCUGUCUGUGAUGCACUUCAUUCUCCACCAGACCUGGAGCUCUCAAAGUUCCCGUUUGCUUUACCAGCUUAUCGUGAAUGGUUUACUUUGUACGCCUCUCAUGGUUGUGUCCCUCUGGAUUCACGUGAGCUGUAAAGUGCAACGCAAUCAAAAGAAGCUGUUCACUGCCAUCUUGCUGGCUCUCCUUUGCGUCCUCCUUUUUUCUCUCCCAAUGAAUGUCUUGUAUGUUGUUGAAUGUUUUGAUUCCCGCCAUCCUCUCCUCCUGACCAUUGGGAUGGGAUGUGCCGCUCUCAACAGCAGCAUCAAGCCUCUUCUUUAUUUCUUCGUUGGGAGGAGGAAGAAUGGGAAGCAUCAGCCCAGAGCAUCGUACAAGGUCGCUCUGCAAAGAGUUUUCAAGGACCAGAAGGUUAGCCCAAAACCGCAGCUCACCAUCAAAGAAGACCAGUUGUGA